AUUAGUUAAACAUUUUAUUUUGAAUCGUCAUUUAAUAUUUGUUUAAGGAAGCAGCGGAUUACUCGGUUUCUGAAUAUUUUGCUUCUACAGCCGAUGUGCUUGUAAAAUGUCAAAUUAUAAUAAAGAAAAACACGAUAAUCAUUUAAACGAUGGUAGAUCAGAAUAUGCACACUCUAAUGAAUCAUUGUUGUUGUUGGAUAACACGUUAUUGUGUAACAUAGAAACUGAUAGCAGAUUGCAUAUUUCCACAACAGAAGUUUCUAAAAGAAACAUUAAAACCAGUGGACCUACAAUAGCUGUAUCAACGACAACGGGAGGUGUAUCUUCCAAUUUAAACGACUGGCAAGAGAAGUCCCUGAUGAAUGAAGUAUUUGCCCAGUUUGAUUCACAAAAUGAAGAAAUUGUUCCUGAUAAUGUUGCCAGCUUCGAUAUAUUUGACACAUUUUGCAAAGAAGACACAAGCCCAAAACCAACCAAUGUAUAUCAAGCUGAAAAUACCAAAAAGACAUCUUUAGAUAAAGCGAAUACAGCUAACAUACAUAAGGAUGAAUCGAACAAUUUAUCAUGUUUAUACAUCACAAAUUUUGAUGAUGAUAUUAUGGAAGAAGGAGCUGUAUGUUCCUCCAAACAAAAUGAUGAUAAAGAUAAAUCACCAGUUAUCCAGUCAAAAGUUAGGUCAUUGAAUAAAUUUAAUCUUCCAAAAAAGAAAUUACGUUUAAAUGAUAUUAUACCGAAAUUAGAAGAUACAAAGAGCAAAGAUACAAAUUCUGCAGAAUGUCCUAUGUUUUAUGGUUUACCAGAUAUUAUAAAAAAAUUGAUUCAAGAAGCCAAGGGAAUUUCUGAACUAUAUCAAUGGCAGGAUGAAUGUUUAAAGUUAGCAAUUAGGACGAAGAAGAAUUUAAUUUAUGCUUUGCCAACAAGUGGCGGCAAAACUUUAGUUGCAGAGAUAUUAAUGUUCAGGGAAAUUAUAUGCAACAAGAAAAAUGCAAUUUUUAUACUCCCGUAUGUAGCUCUGGUGCAAGAAAAGGUUCAAUCAAUGGCCAUAUUAGCGUUGAAGUUAGGUUUUCUAGUCGAAGAAUAUGCCAGUACAAGAGGACAUUACCCACCAACCAAACGACGGAGGAAGAACAGCAUUUACAUAUGUACCAUAGAGAAAGCUUUGGGACUUGUGAAUAGUUUAAUAGAAACGAAACGCUUAGAGGAGAUUGGCAUUAUAGUUGUGGACGAGUUACAUCUACUUGGAGAGUCUGGAGGAAGAGGUGCCACUUUGGAGGGACUACUAACAAAAAUAAUGUUCUUCAAUGAUACAAUACGUUUGAUCGGAAUGAGCGCAACAAUAGGCAAUCUAAAGGAGAUAGCGCAAUUUCUCAAUGCGGACACAUAUUCGCAAAAUUUCCGGCCCGUUAAGAUAACGGAAUAUGUGAAGUGCGAAAAUUGUAUGUGGGAGGUCAAUUUGAAUAGUGAGGAACUGCUGAUAGAAACAAGCAGUAAUGAUUAUAAGUAUCCAGAUGACAUAGCAGUAUUAGAUCCGGAUAAAAUUGGAAUUAUGGUGAUGGAAGUGGCGCCGAACGACUCGUGUCUUAUAUUCUGCUCAAGUCGCAAAAAUUGCGAGAAUGUGGCUUUAUUGUUAACCAAAGUCUUGCCCAAAGGUUUAGGCAAUCACAAAGUGGAGGAGAAAAAAAUCUUGUUAAAUGUACUCAAAACUGAGGAAGGAUUGUGCCCCAUUUUACGGAAGACUGUCCCUUUUGGUAUAGCUUAUCAUCAUUCUGGUCUAACAUCCGAAGAACGGCGCUUGCUAGAGGACGCCUUCAGAGAAGGUACUCUAUGCGUAAUAUGUUGCACAUCGACUUUAGCGGCUGGUGUAAAUUUGCCAGCGAGAAGGGUAAUACUACGAAGUCCUUAUAUCGGGAAUCAGUUUUUGAACUUGAGUAGAUACAAACAAAUGAUUGGUCGUGCUGGUCGCGCUGGCAUGGGGGUUUUAGGAGAAAGUAUACUCAUUUGUAAAAAACCCGAGAUCAGUAAGGUGAAGGAUCUCCUGAUUUCUCAAAUGGACGACUCUCUCAGUAGUUUGCACGUAGAGAACGAUCGGGGGAUCAAUAAUUUGAUUCUAAGCGCGAUACAAUUGAAUAUGGCGACAACUAGAUGUGAAUUGCAUAAAUUGAUGGCCGCAACUUUACUUAACAUUCAACAGAAUAAAAUAGGCGUUAACUUGAAAACUAUCACAGACGAGACGAUAACGGCGUUACUGAAAUGCGGAAUGAUAAAAGUUAAAAGUAAAGAUAAAACCGGUAAUCGUAACGUGACUAUUGUCAUUCCAUCUCAAGAGUCUACGCGCACAGAGAAAUCGUUAAAAUUGGCUAAAAAAGGUGUAAAAACGGUCACGUUUACGGGUGAAACUGAAUUCCAGCUUUGUGACUUGGGUCAAGCUGCAAUGAAAGGGCCGAUCGAUUUAAAAACUGCAUAUACUUUAUACGAGGAUUUAAAGAGUGCUCAAAAACAUUUAAUACUAAUUGAUAAUCUUCAUCUUUUGUAUCUCGUCACACCUUAUGACGUUAUAUCACAGAUCACUCCCGUAGGCAGUAUCUAUUAUGAUGUGGUAAUGACACUUACUGAUAGUCAAAUGCAAGUCGCCAGACUGCUGGGGAUAACAGAAGCUGCGGCAAAUAAAAUACGUGAUGGUAUAACGCCCAAGUCUGUCGAGAAGAGAGUGGUUGACAGAUUUUAUGUGACGUUGAUAAUACAUGAAUUGUGGAAUCAUCAUUCGGUUUAUUUCGUCGCCGAAAAGUAUCAAGUUAAUAGAGGCGUUAUACAAAGUCUUUUGAAUACAGUAUCAAUGUUUGCGUCUUCCGUAGUGAGAUUUUGCCAGGAACUGCCCGAGUUGUGGGCAUUUACAGAGAUGUUAGGUACAUUUAGCAAAAGAUUAUCUUACUGUUGUCCGUCAGAGUUAGAAACAUUAAUGGAACUUCCAUCAGUUAAGAUAGGUAGAGCACGUCAACUGUACAAAGCCGGUUACAAAACUUUACAAUCUAUAGCAAAGGCUAAUCCGUGGGAUUUAAAGGAACAGAUUCCAUACUUGAACAAUAAAAUAGUCGCACAAAUUAUCGCUGCAGCAAAACUUCUCAUAUUACACAAAGUGGAAGAUUUAAAAGAUGAAUGCGAAAAUAUUUUGGAUGGUAUAGAUGUGAGCCAAAUAGACGUUAAACUUUACAAUUGAAAAACCU